AGAGCACGAUGCAAGGAGAGGCAAGCCCUAGUCCUUCCCUUAUUGACAGAACCAUCAAGAUGAGAAAAGAAACAGAAGCUAGGAAAGUGGUUUUAGCCUGGGGUCUCCUAAAUGUAUCCAUGGCUGGAAUGAUAUAUACUGAAAUGACUGGAAAGUUGAUAAGUACAUAUUAUAAUGUGACAUACUGGCCCCUCUGGUAUAUUGAGCUUGCCCUUGCAUCUCUCUUCAGUCUUAAUGCCUUAUUUGACUUUUGGAGAUACUUCAAGUAUACUGUGGCACCAACAAGUCUGGUUGUUAGCCCUGGACAGCAAACACUUUUAGGGCUAAAAACAAAUGUUGUACAGACUACCCCUCCACGUGAUCUGGCAGCCUCCCAGAUUCCUCCCUCUCCACCUUCCCCUUCAAUUCAGGGGCAGAGUGUUUGGAGUUACAGCCCAUCUCUUUCAUCCAGUGCCAGUCCCAAGUUUACCACCAGCUGUAUGACAGGAUACAGCCCUCAACUGCAAGGCAUUUCUUCUAGUGGCAAUACUUCUUACAGCCCUGGAGCGACCUACUCGCCGGUCAGUUGUAGUAAGCUGGCGAGCUUCAGUUCCUCUCCUCCUCCGUAUCUGACCACCGUUGGCCCAGUAGAGAGCAGUGGAUUGAGAGCCCGCUACCGAUCUUCACCCAGCAUCUAUAACUCGCCCACCGACAAAGAGGACUACAUGACGGACCUGCAGACUUUAGACACUUUCCUGAGGAGCAAAGAGGAGAAGCAACACAGAGCUAAGCUGGGGAGUCCAGACUCUACUUCUCCUUCCAGCAGCCCUACUUUUUGGAACUACAGCCGUUCUGUGGGGGAUUACGCACAGACAUUAAAGAAGUUUCAGUACCAGCUGGCCUGCAGAUCUCAGGCUCCGUGCGCUAACAAGGAUGAAGCCGACCUCAGCUCUAAACAAGCUGCAGAAGAGGUUUGGGCAAGAGUGACUAUGAAUAGACAACUUCUUGAUCAUAUGGAUUCAUGGACAGCUAAGUUCAGAAAUUGGAUCAAUGAGACAAAAUUAGUGCCACUUGUACAAGAGAUUGAGUCUGUCAGCACCCAGAUGAGACGAAUGGGUUGUCCAGAACUACAAAUAGGAGAGGCUAGUAUUACCAGCUUGAAACAAGCUGCCCUGGUCAAAGCCCCUCUCAUCCCAACGCUGAAUACAAUUGUGCAGUAUCUCGACCUGACGCCAAACCAGGAAUAUUUGGUUGACAGGAUCAAAGAACUUUCUCAGGGAGGAUGUAUGAGUUCAUUUAGAUGGAACAGAGGUGGAGACUUCAAAGGACGCAAGUGGGAUACAGACCUGCCUACUGAUUCUGUUAUCAUCAUGCACAUGUUCUGUACCUACGUUGAUUCCAGAUUACCUCCUCAUCCUAAGUACCCUGAUGGAAAAACAUUUACUUCACAGCAUUUUGUCCAAACACCAAAUAAACCAGAUGUUAUGAAUGAAAAUGUUUUUUGUGUUUAUCAGAGUGCUAUCAACCCUCCCCAUUAUGAACUUAUCUACCAACGUCACGUCUACAAUCUUCCAAAGGGCCGUAAUAAUAUGUUCCAUACAUUGUUGAUGUUCCGCUACGUCAUAAAGACCAAGGAGUCAGGAAUGCUUGGGAGAGUCAAUCUUGGUCUAUCUGGUGUGAAUAUUUUAUGGAUUUUUGGUGAGUAGUCAAUCAUGUAAUUCCGAACAUUUGGACUUUGUUUCUUAUGGAACUAGAAGAAGUUGGAUCUUAAGCAUCUGUGAG